AUGACCCAUGAAGGUGACCACACUGACCCCCCAGCCACUGGGGUACGCGGAGACACCGCCCAAGCACCGACAGCAACCCGACAGGGGCCCAGAGAUGAGGGUCUCCGGCCGGCGUCUCGCUCCCCCCCCCCCCGGACCAGGGGGGUCAUCCCGGUCUGUCAGGGUGCCGGCCAUCACACCAGGCCGGGCCUGAGCAGCUGUCCUGGCGCGCAAUACCCACCGGACAGCGCCCCUCAGGAGGUCCGCAAGAUGGCCGCCACGCCCCAACCAAGCACGCGAACGCCCAGUUUAGCCGAGAGGAUCGAACCUGGGCAAAGAGCCAACAGGGACUUAGCCCCAAAGCAUCGGACGCACCAAGAGUCCCCACAGCAACCGACGAAACACUCACUUCUCAGGCGGAUUCUCGCCCAGCGGCAGCCCGGGGCUCCAGUAGUGAGGAAGGCACCAAAAUGGCGGAGAGUAAAGCGGCAUACACCGCACCAGCGGCAACAGGCACCACGUGAACGGACAUCACCGAUUCUUAAGCCUGUCGACACACCAGUAAUAGUGGAGGUGAUAACGUCCCCGGUGAGCGGCUUUGCCCUGCAGCCCACUCUGAAGCAAGCGCCCCACCGUACCAGCGCUGGUCCUAGGCAGCAUAGCAACACCAAUAAGACACCCUCUCACCCGCCCCACAAUCCAAAAUGA